AUGGGCGAUAAAGCUGGAGAGGGAAAGGCAUAUAGUUCACUUGCUAACGAUCAUUACCGUCUGGGUAAUUUUCAAAAGGCAAUUGACUGCUAUCGGCUUUAUUUACAAAUUUCUAAAGACGUGGGUGACAGGGAGAAUGAAAAACAAGCUUACUUUUACCUUGGCCAAGCGUACCAGUGUAUCGGCAAUUUUAGGAAGGCAAUCGAAUGUCAUGAACUUCAUUUGACUUUUGCCACAGAGCUGAAUGACAGGGCUGGACAAGUCGUGGCGUACCAUGAUCUUGGCAAUGCCUAUCAGUGUAUCAGAGAAUGCAAAAAGGCCAUCAAAUACCAGGAAAACUGUCUUAAACUUCUCAUUAAUGAAGAAAUUGGAGAACCGCACAGGUACAUAUUGUGCUCUGCAUAUUCUUGUCUCGGCAAUGCUUAUGGCCUUCUUGGAUUUUUUAAUCAAGCUCUUGACUACUGCCAACGCUGCCUUGAAAUUUCAACAGAACUUGGAAGCAAGGAAGGACAGGCAUCUGCAUAUUCUGGUCUUGGCAGUAGUUAUGUUCAUCUCGGAAAUUUCCAAAAAGCCGUAAAAUGCCACCAAUCUGAGUUAAAACUUGUUGCAAAAUUGGGAAAUAAAAAAAAAGAGGGACAAGCAAAUAGCAAUCUUGCUGUUGCUUACUCCCAUCUGAGAGAUUUCGAAAAAGCUAUACAUUGCCUAGAGCGUCAACUCAAGGUUGCCAAAGAAGUUGGAGACGCGGAGGGAGAGCAACGCGCGUAUUCGUUACUGGGUCGCUGUUAUUAUGACCUGGGAGAUCUACAAAUUGCAUUAGAAUACCACAACCGAUCCCUGAAACUCGCUAAGCGCAUUGAAGACAGUAUCGGUAUAGGGAUCGAGUAUGGACAUCUAGGGUCUGUAUACACAGAUCUUGGAGAUCCCAAAAAGGCGAAAGAAUGUCAUGAAAAGCAUUUAAAAAUUGCUCAACAGGUUGAUGACAGGGUUGGAGAGGCUAAAGCAUAUUUCAGUCUUGGUCGAAGUUUUGAAUCGAUGGGUUCUCUACAAGAAUCCCGUGAAUGUUACCAGUCCAGCGUUAACAUAUUCAACGAAGUUAGGGCUUCUAUUCACCUAAAAGAUGCCUUGAAGAUUACCUUUCGCCAUAUGUACAAAAGAGCUUACACUAGAUUAUGGCUCCUACUGUUGCAACAAGGCAAGGUGACUGAGGCUUUGUUGGCAGCAAACCAAGGGCGUGCACAGGCAUUACGAGAUCUCAUGGAGUUGAACUAUAGCCUAGAAAAACCUUUCAUUAGUGUACAUACGCGUUCUUUGGAAGAAACCAUACUUCAGGCAUCUAGUACUAUUCCUUCAAAUGUGGCUUUCACGGCAGUUUAUGGCGAACGAGUUUUUUCCUGGGUUACUAGAAAAGGUCCAAAAUUGUCACUUACUUGCAGGAUUAAGAAAAUCAGUGACGGUUUUUCGCCAGAUUAUGCGGAAUCUUAUCUUUCUUCGUUGACGGAAAGUGUCCGUACAGAUAUCGGUGUUAGGAUUUGUCGGAAAUGUGAGGAUCGUUCAUUGAAAAGUUUAGGAGAUAGUGAAUGGAUAGACACGGACCAGUCCCAGGCCCGUUCAAUGGCACGUCAGGACAAUCCUUUGAAAAUCUUGUAUGACAUUGCUGUUAGUCCCAUAGCAGAUUUGAUAAGCAGCGAUGAACUUAUCAUUGUUCCAGACGGCCCAUUGUGGUUGGUUCCUUAUGCUGCGUUCAUGACACCCAAUUCAAAGUACCUUUGUGAGACUUUCAGAAUCCGAAUGAUUCCUUCCUUAGAUUGUUUGAAAAUCCUCGCAGACUGUCCAGCGGGGUAUCACAGGGAAACUGGAGCUUUGCUUGUAGGAGAUCCAUGCGUGCAAGAAGUUGUUUUGCGUGGGAGAAGGAAACUUCAACAGCUUCCAUGUGCAGAAAAAGAAGUAAAAAUGAUCGGAAAAAUAACUAACACCAUGCCUCUCACUGGGACGGAGGCAACAAAAACACAAGUUUUGAAAAGUCUCUCCUCAGUGUCCUUGGUACACAUCGCAGCGCACGGUUGUAUUGAAACUGGAGAAAUUGUCUUGGCACCAAAUCCUAUACGAUCAUCUCCGAUACCCACAGAGGAAGAUUUUCUCUUGACAAUGACUGACGUUUUAAACGUGAAGAUUCGAGCGAAACUAGUUGUACUAAGCUGCUGUCACAGUGGUCGUGGAGAGGUAAAGGCUGAGGGUGUGGUUGGCAUUGCACGAGCGUUCCUGGGCGCCGGUGCUCGAUCUGUUCUGGUAUCCCUAUGGGCCAUUGACGACGAAGCAACUCUAGAGUUUAUGAAAAGUUUCUACAAGUUUCUAGUGGAGGGACGAAGUGCGAGUGAAGCUCUUAAUCGGACCAUGAACUACAUGAGGGAAUCUGAACAGUUUAGCGAGUUGCGACUCUGGGCCCCGUUUAUUCUUAUUGGAGAUGACGUCACUCUGAACUUGGCCGGAAGGUAA